GACCUGAGCUGAGUCAGAUGCUCAACCGACUGAGCCACCCAGGCAGCCCUAAACUUCAAAUUUUUUUUAAACUAAAACCACUGAAAUAUAUUUUUUUCUUAUUAUAAAAACAAUCUUUUCAUUAGAGAAAUACUAGAAAAUAACCAUAAGAAGUAAAUAGGAGCACUUGUAAUCUAGUCACCCAGAGAAAAUAUACCUUGGGGUUUUUCUUUUUCCCAGAUAAAUGUAUAUAUACCUAUAUAGUUGAGCUUUUGUUUAAUUCUUUAUGAUUAUAAAUAAUGCCUUGUUGCCAAAUUUGUGUGUACCUACUUAUUUAUUUCCUUAGGAUGAUUUCCUAGAAGUGUCCUUGCUGGAUCAAAAAUAUAAACAUUAUUAAAGUUUUAGAUAUGUUUCACCAAAUUGCCAAUUUAUAUCCCCACAUGUGUGUGAGGGAUGCCCUUUGUCCUACAUCCUUGCUGACACUGGAUAUCAUCAUCACCCCCACCGGUACCUUUUUUAAAUUGACAAAUUUACUGUAGUUAGGACUUGAAAUUAAUUUUUAAGAUUGCAUACUGUGUACUUCCCACAUAAUACCGUUAGUAGUACUUGUAGUUCAGACUUAUGGAGGUGGUUUAAAAUUUCUAUCACUAUAAAUAGCAAGUGCAGAGAAAGCAACUUCCCAUCAGUACAUAAUCUUUGAGAACUAGGAAUGAAAAAUUGGUAGAGCAAGGCAUCUUAAGAGCUGUCACUGAAACCAUUUGACUUGGCUCUUGUUUCCAUUUAACUUGUUCACACACAGAUAAAUGUGUGUAAGACAAUGUGUAAAGGCUAAGAAGGACUCAGAAUUAACAAACAAAACAAAAAACAAAAGAAACAAAGACUGGUUUUAUUUCUCCUCUUCUUCAGAGAACAGGCAGAGUCACUGUGACAGGCAGAGUCACAGAGUCAAGUGUCCUGACUCCGGUCCGGACAUCACUUAGAAGAUGUUGUUCACUCUUCCAAGUCUCAUCCUCUGACAACUGUCUCCUUUCCACCAGGCCCUGGGCAUCUUUGUGUCAAAUUUUCUCCAGCCUUGCAUGUGCAUUCCUUCUCUGGGCUUGGGGUCAGAAGCCGUGGUUUGAAUUCCAAACUCUGUUAUUUGAUAGCUGUGUGGCUUUGGACAGUUGCCAUGCACUCUUUAAGUCUCAAUUUCUUGUGAAACGAAAAGACUGAUCAUCUUUUCCUCGUGCGAUUGUUGUGAGAGUCCAAUAAAAUCAAGUAUGUGAAAGUGCUUUGUGAGCUGUAUGGCUUUACCUACAAUGUAAGGCUAUUAAUGUAACCGUUUCCUUCCUUGGCAGCUCUUUGUUAAAGAGAAAAAUGGCCCUGGAGGAGUUGGAGAGACAGGCCCCUUUAUUUGAAGAUGGAUACUGGAGGGAGUUGGGAGGCCUCAGACCAGCCUGGGCUCCUCCAUUGGAGGUGGUCUGUAGGAAAGCCAUCCAACCUCCAUCAUCAGCUAAGGAGGUUGGAUCAGAUUACCUCUAAAGAGGUAAAGAGCUCCUGAAAUCUAUGAUGGAGGCUGACAGCAAAAGGAUCCCAAAGUUUGAAAAGAUGUUGAUGGAGGUCCAGUCCAAAGAGCCACCUAAUAUAUGAUUGCCCAUUGGAAUGUCACUACCUGAUGUUCGCUAGCGUCUUGGUGUGACCUUCUGAGAGCUGGUGAAGAAGUCUUCUAGGUAUUGAGGUAUCACUCUGAAUGGAGAAGAGACCACCAAAGAAAGUUAAGUCCCUGCUGCUGUUGAUGUUGGGGCUCACCCUCCUGAGGGAGGUGACAGCCCGGAAAAACCCUAAAGCAGGGGAUACAGCCCUGUGCCCUCCCCUGGAGGAUAACAGCGUGAGGGUCGACAUUCGCAUCCUCAGGCAAAACCAGGGGGGUAUUUCCAUCUCAAAUGAUUUCCAGAACCGCUCCAGUUCCCCCUGGGAUUACAACGUCACCCGGGACCCCAACCGGUUCCCCUCGGAGAUCGUGGAGGCCCAGUGCAGGCACUCGGGCUGCAUCAACGCCGAGGGGCAGGAAGACAGCUCCAUGAAUUCCGUUCCCAUCCAGCAGGAAUUCCUGGUCCUGCGGAGGGAGCCCCAGGGCUGCUCUCGCACCUUCCGGCUGGAGAAGGUGCGGGUGACUGUGGGCUGUACCUGUGUCACCCCCAUCGUCCGCUACGUGCGCGCGUGAACGGCCGCUUGGCUGAAGACGCUGGAAAAUGCCAUUCCUUACCCAGCGCUCUUCAGCCAGUCCUGUGCGGUCCCAAUUUUCUCCACUUCAUAGGCCUCUUGAUAAGACCUGUGCGGAAUUCUCAAAGCUCUGUAGUAGUUAUAGUGUUAAGUUUCUGGGGCGCCUCCAAGUCAUAGCAUAGUCCUGAGCGGUUCCACUGCCCCAGCCCCCUGAAAAUGGCCGGAGGAGAAUGAAGGCGCCCUUGGCCUGCUCUGUUUACGUGCAGCGAUGACCACUUCCUAGCCACAUCAACACUGUGAUAUGGUGCCACUCCCCGAGAAUUCUGUUGGCAAAUUGGGGCUCUGUGCCAUGUGGAUGAAAAUGUAAAAAAUACAACCACAAUGUAAGAGUGUGUGGGAGGG